UCAUUAAUAUAGAUAAUUAAUAAUAAUUAAUUAUUAUAAUUUCUCUAUCAAUAAACGAAUUCAAAAAUGACUGCUUCUACUGUUUUUAUUUCAGGGGCUACUGGAUUCAUUGCUCAACAUAUUAUUCUUCAAUUGUUGAAAAAAGGUUAUAAUGUUGUUGGCCAAGUUAGACUGAGCUCUAAGGGUGAUGCCUUGGCCAAGGAUGUCAAGAGUUCUAGAUUCUCCUAUGAAGUUGUUGAAGUUUUAGAAAAGGAAGGUGCCUUUGAUAAUGCCUUAGCAAGUCACCCUGAAGUUUCAGUUUUCAUUCAUACUGCUUCCCCAGUUACUUUUUCACCUGAGGAUAAUGAAAGAGAUGUUUUAAUUCCUGCUAUUAAUGGUACUAAGAAUGUUCUUGCAUCUAUUAAAAAGGUUGCACCUCAAAUUAAGAGAGUCAUUCUUACUAGUUCUGCUGUUGCCUCUGGAAGCUUUGCUGAAUUACAAGAUCCUAAAUUUAUUGGAGGUGAAGAUUCAUGGAAUCCAAUCACUUAUGAACAAGCUGUCUCCGGAGAUGCUGUUGCAGCUUAUGAAGGAUCAAAAAAGUUUGCUGAACAAGCUGCUUGGGAUUUUGUUAAGAAAGAACAUCCUAAAUUUUCGCUUACUGCUAUUUUACCUGUUUAUGUGUUUGGACCUCAAGCCUUUGUCUCAGGAUUGAAGAGUUUAAAUGAAACUACUCAACUUAUUGCUAAUGUAUUACAGUUAAAGAAAGAUGAUCCUAUUCCUCCUGUUGAGAAUUCUUAUGUUGAUGUUCGAGAUGCAGCGGCUGCACAUAUUGGAGCCUUUGAAAAGGAUUCUGCUGCCGGAAAGAGAUUAUUAGUUACUUCAGGUAGAUUUCACUAUCAGAAUGUUGUUGAUAUUGUUAGAGAGAAUUUCCCUCAGUAUGCUGAUCAAUUACCAAUAGGAACACCCGCUGGAAAGAAUCAAUUUGCUGGUUAUACUAAACUUGAAGAUUCCAAUGCCACUCAAAUUCUUGGCAUUGACUAUAUUGGUUUUAAAAAGGUGAUUUCUGAUGAAAUUAAACAAAUUUUGGAUAAUCAAGCUUAAUUUGUGGAAGACUUG